UACUUCUUCCACUUUCCAGUUCCUUCCUACUCUCAUCUCCUCCAUUUUCCUCUCUCUCAACUGUUUCCAUGAAGAGUGAUCGUUAAGAUGAUCGAGACGUGAAGAAUCGGAACACUGGCGAGUUUUCAAGUAUCGGAAUACAAGUCUCGUUUGUUGUAACAUUUCUGUGUACUGGAGGUUUUGUCAACAAAGGCAAAAUAGUGUGAACUCAUUCAUUUGGGGGUAUCAGAGGUAACCUGAAAUUUAGUAGACCCCAUGGAUUGCCGCUCCAGCUAUAAUCUGCAUUUUUUCUGACAUAAAGAAAGUCCAACACUAUAUAAAAUGGGAGGAGCAUGUUCUAGGAAGCGUGACCAGCAGGUCAGUGAGGAUAGCCUACACAGAGGAGUUUCUGGACGAUACUCCAAAAGUGCAAGUUCAAAAUGGUUGGGAACUUCAUUUUCUCGAGGAGCAGAUGCUAAACAGGGAAAAGGAAAAUGCCCAUCUCUCAUGGAAUUGUGUAUUCAUAGAGUCUGUGAAGACAUCGAUAAAUACAGUACCUUCUCUGUAUUGCCUAGGGAUAUAAGUCAGCAGAUCUUUGAUGAAUUGGUUUGCUUGCAGCGUCUUACAGAUGUCUCUCUCGAAGCAUUUAGAGAUUGUGCUCUUCAGGAUCUGAAUAUGGGAGAAUAUCCUGGGCUUAACGACUGUUGGAUGGAUGUUAUCUCUUCACAGGGUUCAUCUCUACUUUCCCUAGAUCUGUCGGGGUCUGAUGUCACAGAUCCUGGACUGACUAAUCUCAAAGAUUGCAAAAAUUUGCAAGCGCUAAAUCUUAAUUAUUGUGACCAGAUUACCGACUGCGGGGUGGAAAAUAUUAGUGGUCUAACAAACUUGACAACGGUGAGUUUUAGGAGGAAUAAUACACUCACUGCUCAAGGGAUGAGUGCGUUGUCUGGGUUAAUUAACUUGGUGAAACUAGAUUUGGAGAGGUGCCCAAAAAUUCAUGGGGGAAUGGUUCAUCUUAAAGGUCUAGCAAAGCUUGAAUCUCUUAACAUCAACUGUUGCAAUUGCAUCACGGAUUCGGAUAUGAAACCUCUUGCAGGCCUGACAAAUCUGAAAGGAUUGCAAAUUUCAUCCAGUAAAGUCACAGAUUAUGGUGUUUCUUUUCUGAAAGCUCUAGAAAAGCUUACUCUGUUGAAUAUGGAGGGUUGCCCUGUUACUGCAGCGUGCCUGGAGUCUCUCUCUGAUCUUCAUUCUCUGCUAUAUUUAAACCUGAGCAGAUGUUGUUUGACUGAUGAUGGAUGUGAGAAGUUUUCAAGUUUGCAGAGCUUGAAAGUGCUGAAUUUGGGAUUCAAUGAGAUCACAGAUGCCAUUCUUGUGCACCUGAAAGGUUUGUCAUACUUGGAGAGCUUGAACCUGGACUCAUGUAGGAUUAGAGAUGAAGGGCUGAUUUAUUUGUCAGGUCUUCAUCGCCUGAAGAGUUUGGAGUUGUCUGACACUGAAGUUGGAAACAAUGGGAUCCGUCAUCUCUCAGGGUUAAGGAACCUAGAGAGCUUAAAUCUGUCCUUUACUGUUGUCACGGACAGUGGUCUAAAGAAGCUCUGCGGGCUAUCCUCUUUGAGGUCGCUCAAUUUGGAUGCACGCCAAAUAACCGAUACUGGGCUUGCAGCACUUACAAGCUUGACUGGGCUAACUCACUUGGACCUUUUUGGAGCUAGGAUCACUGAUUCCGGAACAAGCUAUCUUCGAUAUUUUAAGAAUCUGCGUUCCCUGGAAAUUUGUGGAGGAGGUUUAACCGAUGCUGGUGUAAAGAACAUCAAGGACCUGACGUCCUUGACACUGCUGAAUCUUUCUCAAAACAGUCACCUGACUGAUAAGAGCUUGGAAGCGAUUUCUGGGUUGACACAGCUGGUGUCUCUGAAUGUUUCAAAUUCUCGCGUAACAAGUACAGGGUUGCAACAUUUGAAGCAACUCAAGAACUUGAAAUCACUUACCUUGGAAUCCUGCAAGGUGACUGCAAAUGACAUCAGGAAACUUCAGUCAACUGAGCUCUCAAAUCUGGUGAACUACAGGCCUGAAUAGAUGAUGCAAGGAUACUUGUUUUGAUCACCUAGUCAGUGCUAGGGAACUGCUGUACAUAGAUCAACAAUAAAUCAUGUUAUUUUUUGAAUUGUAAAUAAUGUGUAUUGCAGGUUUGCCUAGAUGCCACUCUUCUGUGUAUCUUGGUCGAUCUUUUCAUCAUGCCAUAGAUGAAGCCUUCUCUCGUAUUGGGCACUUCAGUAUGAGGGAAAAUGUAGAUAAGCUUCCUUGGCACUGGGGGUAGGUAAAUAGGUUUUGUACAUAUUUGUAAGAAACAGCAACCACUUCUGAAUUCUGAAUUGGUGUUGCGCCAUCAGGUUUCGGCUUUAGUAAGCUUAUAUUCGGCUAAGGUUCAGAUGUGGAAAUCAUUAUUUCCUUGGCAAGUGGAAAAACAAUUUCGUGAAAUGCUUGGCGUUUUUACCUUUUCUGUUGCUUAUGAACAAUUACCUAGGGAACUUUGUUUGGAUAAAUAUUCUAUGGAUGUAUCCUUGUGCUUAGUGUCAGUUGUGGGUUCAAUCUUGUA